AUGAUAGAUGAUUCAACACGUGUUCCUCUUGGAGAAAACAAGGACUACAUCAAUGCUAGCUAUAUUAGAAUAGUCAAUUCUGGAGAAGAGUAUUUUUAUAUUGCUUCUCAAGGACCACUGCCAAGUACGACAGAUGACUUUUGGCAAAUGGUUUUAGAGAAUAACUCUAAUGUUAUUGUCAUGAUAACCAGAGAGAUAGAAGGUGGAAUUAUCAAAUGCCACCAUUACUGGCCCAUUUCUAUGAAGAAGCCUUUGGAAUUGAAAAACUGUCAUAUCUUCCUGGAGAACUACCAGAUACUUCAAUAUUUUAUCAUCCGAAUAUUUCACGUUGUGAAGAAGUCUACAGGAAGUAGUCACUUUGUAAAACACUUGCAGUUCACCAGCUGGCCAGACCAUGGCACUCCUGCCUCGGUAGAUGGCUUCAUAAAGUAUGUGCGUUAUGUGAGGAAGAGCCACCUUACAGGACCUAUGCUUGUUCACUGCAGUGCUGGCGUGGGCCGGACGGGGGUGUUCCUAUGUGUGGAUGUUGUGUUCUGUGCCAUUGAAAAGAACUUUCCAUUCAACAUCAAGAAUAUAGUGACCCAAAUGAGAGAACAGCGUUAUGGCAUGAUUCAAACGAAGGAGCAGUAUUUCUUUUGUUAUAAAGUUGUGCUUGAAGUUCUUCAGAAGCUUCUGACUUUAGAUUAAGAAAGACUUCUGUUGCCUCACAUUUGAAAUUACCAAGCACCUUGGAGCCUCCUCAUAAAGAACACGUUCCGGUUGUGCUGAAGGGCUUUGCUUACGUGUACCAUGUGCUUUCUGGGUGUAUCAUUUGCCUUUCUUUCUGACAACUCCCUGAAGGCAGCAUCAUUUGGUUUGGGGUGAACAGUGUUUAUCCAUUCAUCUUACUUCGAUAAUAGCAAAAUACACUCCCACAUUUUCCAGUGAAACAAAAGUUGCAUAAAACAACUGCAGCCCAUGUGGUCAAAGGGAUUACAGAGCCCAAUAAAGGACUUGAACUAUAUUCAUUAAGAUGCCAUUUGGACAGGCAGCUAAAGGAAGCUGAGGAUUUCCAGGACCUUAUAAAGCCCUUACCUUAUUCUGGAGAACACAGGGCUAGUAAAUGCAAGAUCACAUCAUGAGCUCUUACAGGCCUUUUCAAGACAGAUACUCAUCCAUGCUUUUUUAGCUAGAGGCUGCACUUUUAGCUCGUAUUUGAAUAACUCAGUUCACUAAUUAGGAGAAUUAACUUUCCACACAAAUUGGAUUCCAUUUUUCUAUAGUUCCAUACUCUCGGGGGCCCCAGGGACCUCAGAGGACAAGCUGCCCUUCUAGAGCAGCUGCACAGGGACCUGCUGGUUGGGGAAGUAUUUGUGGGUGGGCAGAGUUCCUCUGCUCCAUCACAUGAGCACACUGGUGAAUGGUCCAAAACUAAAAUAGAUGUUUAUAUAGAAAGUCCGAGAGGAGAUUUUUGCCCGGCUUGAGUUCUUUCCUAUCCCACCCUAACACUUAAUGUAUUACUCAGUCUGCUUUGUUAAAAGCACAUAUUACAUUUUACUUGCCUCUUACUCUUUGCCCUUUAGCUAACCAAUAAACUUUGAUAUAAGCAUUAUUACAUAAUUCUGUGUAUCUCUUAUGCCAGAUAUAUUUCUCAAACUAAGAUCUAUGGUAGUUAUUUUUUUCUUCAGAGUUCCAUUAAAUCAUUUCUUUCCAUUACUGCCCCACCUCUGCUGUAACAUUUAGAAGUUGGCUUUGGGAACUAGGUUUUGGAAAACCAAAGUCAUAGUUGUGAAAAUGAAAACUUCCAUAUUCUCUUUUUGAAAAGAUGUGGCCAUUAUUAUAUCCAUCUUAUUAUAGGACUUUGCCUCAUACAAUUACAGUGAUAUUUGGUCAAGGAAUUUUAGUGACCAGUUAUACCUGAUUAUAAGCUGUAUAGCAAUUGCUACAUGUCUUUGUACAGUGUAAUUCAGUGGAGAUCAGAAUAUUGUAUGUAUCAUAUUGAGAAAAUUUCUAAUAUUAAUGUAAAGCUUGAAUUUAUAAGAGGCUUAUUUUAUUCCCUUGGCUGAAUGAAUAUUUGAAUUUGUUGAAUUAAACUUGAUAAUUUUAUCCCAGAAAUGUAUUUUAUAUUAAAUCAAAUUGAUGAUUCUACCUAUUUACAUUGUUCAUAUAAAUAAUAGUCUAUGCUAAACAUUAAUUUCAUUUUGAUGAUUGGCCUUUAAUAUCUGUAUCCCUAAUUUUAUUUUCUCUCCGUUAUUGUAAAAUAAUAAAUAUAAUGUACAACAGUAUUCCUGAGAAGGUUCUAUGCUGUUAUUUAAAUGAAAAGACUUACUGUGUAUUGCCUGAAGUAUUUUUAUUAUCUAGGCCUUGAAAUGUACUUGUAAAGAAAAAUGCCACAAUUUUGAUGGUAAACAUGUUUCUUCUUUAAUGUGUGCCUCAUAUUUUUAUAGCUGGACUAAUUUUUAGUUUUUCAGGGAAAUUAAAUAAGUCAAUA